AUGGUUUGGAUAGGAUUUGGUCUUAACUCACGGGCCGCUGUACAGUCACUGACAAAAUACGAUGGUAUUUCAGUUUCGCCGAGAAAGUGUAAAGCAUGCCCCGAAAAACUAAUGAGUUAUAGAAGACUCUUUAGAACUAAUAAAAGGCAAGACGGGAAGGAUAGGGUGUGCCCUGAGGAUGAGCUUGCAUUGCUGCCAUAUAUGCCGCCACUUUUCGGCUGUGAACUUCCCCCGUGUGGUCUCAUGCCCCAACUCGCAUACCAAAACGUUGUUCGGCGCCUCCGCAAGUUGUGGCUUCUGCGCGCAAAAGAAAAUCCCACCGAGAUUUCCCUCAAGUACAUCUGCGAAAAGGUUUUGGACGAACUUCUAGAUGAAUCUGAGAAGUUGCCAUUCGGAAAAGCGAACAAGACCACAAGACGCACGCCCUGGCGACGUGAACAAGUCUUCAGGUUCGAGCCUUGCUGGGCGCACUACUUUGUUCUUGAGGCGAGGCGGAUGAGUGGAAGGAGCAGCAUGACAUCGAUGGAGGGUGAGACGCAGGAUGCACAUCCAGAAACGGAAUUCGUCAUACCGAUGACGCUAGGUAUUCAUGUCAAGAACCCUGCGAAUAAAGAGCAUGUAUGUCAGUUGUGGAAGGAGUGGCACAAAAAGAAGAGGCGCCCUGUACCGGCACUGAGCCCACAAGGAAGCACUGCCGCAGUGGAAGACGUAGCAGGUAGUAUGCAGGAUGACUCAAAGGCAAGUGGAGAGACAGAAAAUUACUCGGUUAUGUUGGUGUAG